AUGGCAUUGACAAGUAUAUUAACUCCAUCUUCAAGAAAGUAUAGAACCCUGCUCAUACGAGUAGGUAUGAUAAUAUGGCUUCUUGUAGCUUGGUAUUGGAUCCAAACCCGGUAUCUUUCAACCAGAACCAAUACUCAACUUAAUGAUUUAUAUAAUAUGUCAACUUAUGCUCCUACCAUAGAUUCUGAUUCAUUCAAAACAUUCAUCAAUUCAAAAUACCCAAAAUUCUUUAAUGUAACUCCAACAGAAUCAAUCUAUCAAUUUGAUGAAGAUACAUCUCUUUAUUAUGAUCCAGAUGUUUAUUCUAAUGUUUAUGAUCAAAUCUUAAAGAUUAAUGAUACUGGAUCAUUAUUUAAUGAAAAAUUAUACCAUAUUUUAUUGAAUUUAGAUUAUGAAGAUCGUUGUAAUCUUUACUUUAAUAGUUUAUAUGGUAAUCAUAAAUCAGGGGAUCCAAUCGUGGCUCCUCAUAAAAGUUUCGACUUUAAUAGAGGUCAUUAUAGAACUUGGGAUGAAUUUAAACAAGAUAUGAUUGAAGAACUUCAAAAGGAUAAUCCAGAUAUUAAGACUUUAACUGUUGAACAAGAGAAAAAAUUAUCUGAAGAUUAUACGUCUAUUCAAAAUAAUAUCAAUCAAGAUAAUCAAGGUUUACAUGAUUUCAUCACUCAUUUGAAAGUGUUUAAUAAAUGUUAUCUUUCUGAUAAUGAUAUUGUAAAAGAUGCCUUUAUCUAUCAACAACAGAAUACUAUCAAAUCAUUUAAAGUUCCUGAACGAUUAUUUAAUUCAUUGACUAUAGAACCAAACUAUCAUAAUGAACAUUACUUGGAAACUUUAAUUUAUCCAUGGUUAAGUCAAAAAUCUCCACUUUUUGAAACUUCAGAUGGUAAAACUUAUGAAAUACUUCCAAAUACUCAAUUCCAUUCAACACAAUCGUUUUUAAGUUUAUUUAAGGCCAAGUUAAGAGGUAAAGGUAUAGUUUUAACCAUUGCUGAUAGUCAUGUCGAUAAUACCAUCAGAUUGAUGCAUUUAUUACGUCAAUUGGACAAUGAUUUACCUAUUCAAAUCAUCUAUGAUUCAACCACUUUAUCUGAAGAAUCAAAAUAUCAAAUUUUUCAAUCCACCACUUCAAAAUUCCAUAGUUUAAGAAAACAAGAUUUAACAUUUGUUCAGGUUAAUCGUGCUAUAGCUCAUGAUUUUAUCGGUAAAUUUGGAGGAUUUGGAAAUAAAAUAUUGGCAGUAUUGUUCAAUACAUUUGAAGAUAUGAUCUUUUUAGAUGCUGAUGUAGUAAUUACUCAACCACCAGCUCAAUUCUUCGAAUUAAAGAAGUAUCAAGAACAUGGAACUUUGUUUUAUAAGGAUAGAUCAGCCGUUGAAUAUAGACCAGAUAGUGAUAUUCAAUUCUUUAAAAAAUUAAUGAAUAAUCAAUUAGAUGAAAUUAUGUUUAAUUUACCUCAAAUCACAGAACUGACACUUAAAUUACCAUUUUUCUCUAAACGUGUUAAUCAUUUAAUGGAAUCAGGGUUAGUCUUAAUCAACAGAAGAAAACAUUUUGAUCAAGCUUUAAUUAUGGCUCAUAUGAAUUUCUAUAUGCCAAUUCAAGCAAGACUUUAUGGUGAUAAGGAAUUAUUUUGGUUAAGUAUGGCCAUGAUGGGAGAUGAAUCAUUUCAAUUUAAUAAUCAUUUUGCUGCUGCCAUUGGUAUUGUCACUCCUGAUUCAGAAAGAAUUUUGGAUAUUGGAAAAGCUCAUAAAUUCAAAGGAAAAGAAAUUUGUUCAAAUCAUCCUGCUCAUAUUAACGAUGAAGAUAAUCAUAGUUUGUUAUGGUUCAAUUCAGGUUUUGUGUUUUGUAAUCAACUUCCAAAAGUAAAUUUCGAAGGGGAGUUUGAUGUUAAAAAGAGGUAUACCCAUAUUAAAACAUUAAAUGAAUUCAAAGCAUUCUUUACAUCAAAAUUAAUUAUUAAAUCAGCUAUUGUUCCACCUCAUUUAAAAAUAAAUGAUGAUAAUAAUGACGGAGAACCAAAUUUAGCAUGGUUAAACAUGGGUGAAUAUUGUGGUGGUUAUACCUGGUGUGGAUAUAGUUCAGUUGGAACUGGUGAUUCGCCUGAUGCUAAAGGAUUUCUUAUCCGUUAUUCUGAAGAAGAACAACUUUAUUUCGGUCUGUUAGGUGAUAUUUGGAUGGAAGAAGUUGAUUAUCGUUCUUAUGCUCAAAUUGAGAAAGAUGAAAAGGAAGGAAAGAAGAAAUAUACUCUUAGCUUUGUUGAAGAAGAACCACAAGUUGAUGAAGAAGUACAGGAAAAAUUAGCUGCUAAUAAGCGAAAGGAAUCAUUAUUAAAGAAACAACAAAAAUUAAAUGAGAAAUUGGAUGAUGAAUAUAACCCUAAGGUAAAGGAUUCGACCAAUUGGUGGUAG